AGGGAAGGUCAAUGUGAACUACUUGGCAACGUUGUUUCGUUUAUGGGCGAUAAAGCUUCGCAACGAAUGAAACUCUUAGAGGAUUUACACAACAAGAAAAUGCAACUACAAAGUAAAGUAGAUAACCCUAGUAAUGGCGCCCCUGUAAUCCAGAAAAUGGAGGAACCAUUGGAGCGGACUCCUGCUGAGUCGAACAGACUACACACUGGCAAACAAGUCGCUUUGCAGCAAAGCAACACCCAAUCGGAUGGAUUUUUCAUAACUCAAGACAGUAACUUUGGUAAUCUCAUCAUGUCAGUUAUUCCACGAUUUAACCCUGACGGAACUCUAGCUGCCGGAAAUAAACCAAGGACGUUAUGAAUUUUUAGAUUUUCAAAAUUUAGCAAAUUCUUUAAAUUUUAUCAGAGCUUGGGAGAAUUGUCAGAUUUCCAGCGUGAUUGGAUUCGGUGUGAUUGAUAUUAUUGAAAUGCGACCAAAAUAUUGCAUUGUUCGCGUUGGGAAAUUUCAACUUAAUGAUCAUCAAUUAAUGUGCAUAAAUGAUAAAUUUGAUGAAGAGUUUAUAUGUUUUUUAGCUCUUUUGUCAGUAGUUCAGAACAAUUUAGAUACCGGGAUAAAAUUUCGAUUUCGUAAAUAUUUUAAAAUAUUUGAGGCGGAUCCACGAUUUACAAAGUCGUGAAAUGAAUUCCAAUCAUUUUUCAAAUUAUCAGACGCUUUGUUGAGAAAUAAUGCUAGGUCUGUUUUUAUGGAAAUUUAGCAAAUCUUUAACUUUAUUUCUAUUAUUUCUACUAAUGCAAUGUUGGCAACGUCCAUACCAUUACACUUAAAUUUUGAGGGAUACUUUUACUACUACUAAUUUUACUGAUAGUCCGGUUAUAGACAUUAUCUCGUCCACAAUUGUGAAAACUUCAGUUAUCUUAAAUAAUUUAAAUGAUAAUAUAUGUUGCAGUGCUACCUAGCCUGAGUUUAAAAUAAGAGUUGUAUCAACCCAUUGUAUUCAUUCAUUUGUUUUUAUAUUAAACCUUGAA